AGAAGAAGGGGGGGGCAGCCUCCGGCCUUUGCGGGGGCGGAUCGUACCAUCUCCAGCCGAGGGAAAGAGGGAGGAGGAAAGAGAGAGAAAGAGGAGGAGAAAGAGAAAGAAAGAGAAAGAGAGCAAGAGGAGGAGAAGCCGCCGCCCGCUUUUGCUGCUGCGUCUGCUGCUGCUUGUUUGCGCUUUUGCUUUGGGCCAAAAAUUAGAGGACAAGGGGGCCUCCAAGAAGAAGAAGAAGAAUAUCACAAGACAGUAUACUUCUUCUUCUAUUAUUAUUACUACUAUUCUUCUUCUCCUGCCUGGCUCUCCAAGGCAUGGAGGUCUCCUCUGCGGGGCGCGCGCGGCUGGGCUGCUGAGGCUCCUGCUCGCUCUCCUCCCUCCCUCUCUUCUCUUCUCUCUCUCUCUCUCUUCCCUGCCUGCCUUCACUCCUCCCUUCCUCUCCUUUUCCCUCCUCCCUCCCUCCUUCCCUCCCUCCCCCCCUCCCGCUGUAAAAUGGCGCUCUGCAUGAGCCGCCCCGGCUGAGCCCCCCGAGCCUCCAUGGGCCCCUCAGGCCCCCCCGAAGGAGGAGAAGGAGAAGGAGGAAGAAGAAGAAGAGGAGCAGGAAGAAGAGGAGGAAGAGGAGGAGGAGGAGGAGGAGGAGGAAGAAGCCAAGGUUGCUGAAAAGUGCCUUUCUUGAAGCUCUCGCGACCGCCGCUGCCGCUUGGAUUUCUGUCUAAGGCUUUGCCUCGCUCACUUUUAAUAUAUAUAUAUAUAUAUACAUAUAUACAUACACACACACACAGAUACACACACACAAACACAUUUACCCCUCUUUUCUAUAUUUUUGGGUGUUUUUUUUGUUUGUAAAGACAAAGUUUGGUGUUGCGAUUCAUCGCCUGAAGGCAACUCAUCCAUCUUUUUCGUUCCUUCUGUUUUUCGCUCGCAAAUUUGUUCGGCUGCCCAACUAUGUAGCAAACUCAAAAAGGAAAAUCAAUCACAACAGGCAACACAAAAGGAAGUUGUCACGUCUCUUACGUCGGUUUUAAUACUUGCAACUUCAUCUGGAUUUUAAUUUUUGAAUAAAAAGGAAAAGAAUUGUCUUGGAAAAUAUUUUUCUGCGCUGAAAAACUGAAACCAUACAGUUCAAUAAUUACACCUAGAUUUAUUUUUAUUUUUCCCGUUUCUUUUUUUCCUUUUUUUUUGGGGUGGGAAAAUAAUUGAAAUUCAAUAACCGGAGAGCACAGGAUCCAAGAAACAGGAAGAGAAGAGAAUCGUCUUCAAAAAUCAUUUUCUGCGCUGAAAAACCGAAAACAUACAAUUCGAUUGGCAUCCUUGACAAGUACACCUAGAUUUAUUUUUCCUUUUUCCGUUUCUUUCCCUUUCCUUAUUUUUGUGGGAGAAUAAUUGAAAUCCAAUAACUUGAGCACAGGAUCCUUUUUUGGGGAGAAGGGAAGGAUUCCUUUUUAAAAAUCUGCGAGUUAUUUUGAGACAAUAACUUUGGCAGUGGCACAAAAAAAACUAUAUAUAUAGAUAUAGAUAUACAUAGACACACACAUAUAUAAAUAUAUAACAUUUCUAUUUUGACUUUGGCAAUUGCACUUUUCGGAGCUGGCCUCUAAUUUGAUUUUUUCUUUAAUUCUGAUGAGAUUUCUAUUUUACGAUUGGCUUUACGUUUGAUCCUUGUUUUCAACCAACACAAAUUGAAUUCAAUGGAAACCUAAGUGCUGACAAAUAGAAAUUUUACCAAAGCAACAAGUUAGUGAUUUCUUCAUGUUUUUUUAACUUGAAUCCCCCCCCAUUUUUAAACACCUUUCUCCCCUGCUUUCCAAAAGCAGCAGUACAAUCCUUCCAAAGAAAGGUACUGUGUCGCCAACGUUUUCUUUCUUUCUUUCCUUCGUUUUUUUUUUAAUUCCUUCCUUUUGGGAAGGAAGGGAUCUUGUCGUCGUCGUUUUAAUAUGGCCAUGAACGUUUCUUUGGUCCGCGAUACGAAAUGGCUGACGUUAGAAGUGUGUCGGGAAUUUCAGAGAGGAACUUGCUCCCGAUCCGACACCGAGUGCAAAUUUGCCCAUCCUUCCCGGAGUUGCCACGUGGAAAACGGACGGGUUAUCGCCUGCUUUGACUCCCUAAAGGGCCGCUGCACCCGCGAAAACUGCAAGUACCUUCACCCUCCACCGCACUUAAAAACGCAACUCGAAAUCAACGGACGCAACAACCUGAUCCAGCAGAAGACCGCCGCAGCCAUGUUUGCCCAGCAGAUGCAGUUCAUGCUCCCUGGAGCCCAGUUGCAACCCAUUACGACGUUUCCUGUGACUCCUUCGCUUGCCACCAGCCCCACCAUGGCGUUCAGUCCCUACCUGAGCCACGUCUCCCACGGAAUGGGCUUGGUCCCUGCUGAGCUGUUACCAAAUACGCCUGUCCUGGUCCCGGGAAACCCGGCGGUUUCGGUCCCGGGAGGCUCCACCGGACAGAAACUCAUGAGGACGGAUAAGCUGGAGGUUUGCCGGGAGUUCCAGCGCGGCAACUGCACCCGGGGCGAGAAUGACUGCCGCUACGCUCACCCUAUCGAAGUUGCCAUGAUCGACACGAACGAGAACACCGUCACGGUGUGCAUGGAUUACAUCAAAGGCCGGUGCUCCCGGGAGAAAUGCAAGUACUUUCAUCCCCCAGCACACUUGCAAGCCAAAAUCAAGGCAGCUCAGCACCAGGUGAACCAAACGGCUGCAGCCGCAAUGACUCAGCCGGCUCUUCUCCGGUCACAGAAGCGAACCCUCGGGACCACCUUUGACCUGGCGCUGCCGCCGGGUGCUCUUCAACCAUUACCAAAGAGGCCAGCACUUGAAAAAAACAAUGGUGCCACCCCAGUCUUUAACCCCAGUGUUUUCCACUAUCAGCAGGCUCUCGCCAACAUGCAACUGCAACCGCCCACCUUUAUCCCGACAGGCUCUGUGCUCUGCAUGGCUCCCACAGCAAGCGUUGUCCCCAUGAUGCACGGCGCUACGCCCACCACUGUGUCUGCAGCAACGACACCCGUCACCAGCGUCCCUUUCGCUGCAACUGCUACCGCCAAUCAGAUAUCUCAGUUAUCAGUCGAUGAUCUAAACAGCAGCAUGUUUGUCUCACAAAUGUAGACUUCAGUGACAAAACACAAACUCUAUUGAAACCCCGAAUUCCUGGAGCUCCCCGGACCUUUCCUUUUGAGUGAGAGGCUGGUCUCCUUGUAUGUAUUCGCCCGUCUUUCCAUCCUCCUCCUCCUCCAUGGUUUAGAGUAAGCCUCUCGCAGUCGACAUGUUAACCAAAAACUGAUCCAUGGGAAUGUCAAAACAUUUUUCUAAAGAAAAAAAAGCACUAUAUAAAUAUAUAUAUAUAAACAAUUAACAACAAAACAAACAAACCAGAGCUCUCUCUAGGAGACUGUAUAGUAGUAGGGAACUAUAAUAAGACUUUUAUAACACCUUAACUUUAAUACACUUAAAAAAAACAACUUUUCUUCUCGUGACUACCAUCAAGACGGAAAGUGCUCCGGACUUAAAAUCGUUUUCUUGUCGAUGGAUAAAUGUUCGUCUGGAUUUGUUUUUUUAUUAUUAUUAUUUCAAAGUGUUAUCUUAACUGUUCUGUUUACAUCCUAGUUGAGAUUGAUUUGUCAGAGGAGAAAGGAAAGACACAAAAAAGAGAGAAAAGAACCGGGCAUCGUUAUCAAAUGUAUACGAAACACCCUAUUUUUUUUCCUUUUCGUUAUCAUAACGUUUUCGUAUUUGCUGUCGCCGUUAUGGGUUUCUCUCUUCUCUCUCUUCUUUUUUUGUACAAAGCUAAGAAUGUUCUAAGAGGAAAACGGGAAAGACGGACGCAGCUUUUUUUGUUUUGUUUUGUUAUGAUUUUCAAGAAAGACAUGGAGAAUGUUCGUUUGCUGGAUUUUGACAGUGGCUUUGCUUCUGGA